GAACGGUUGUGGGACUGGAUCAGCAGGAACCCCGCUGUGCUCAGAGCGAACAGAGACCCAGAGUCCUCGGUACCAGCGUUGCAGAGUCGGCUGCAGGGAGCACCGAGGCCCGCACACACCGGGACAUCGCACGCCAGGCUGCGGAGAGCCCGGACAGAAGCCCCUCUCUCGGCUGUGCUGGUGACACUCAGAGUGGCGGAGAUGGAUGAGCAAAGUGUCGAGAGCAUCGCUGAGGUGUUCCGCUGCUUCAUCUGCAUGGAGAAGCUGAGGGACGCCCGCCUCUGUCCACACUGCUCUAAGCUCUGCUGCUUCAGCUGCAUCCGGCGCUGGCUGACGGAGCAGAGAGCCCAGUGCCCCCACUGCAGGGCCCCUCUGCAGCUGAGGGAGCUUGUGAACUGUCGCUGGGCUGAAGAGGUGACCCAACAACUGGACACACUUCAACUGUGCAGCCUGACCAAGCACGAGGACAACGACAGAGACAAGUGUGAGAAUCACCAUGAGAAGCUCAGUGUGUAUUGCUGGACCUGCAAGAAGUGCAUCUGCCACCAGUGUGCGCUGUGGGGCGGCAUGCAUGGAGGCCACACCUUCAAGCCCCUGGUUGAGAUCUAUGAGCAGCAUGUGACCAAAGUGAAGGAGGAGGUGUCCAAGCUGCGGCGCCGCCUGCUGGAGCUCAUCAGCCUGGUGCAGGAAGUGGAGAGGAAUGUGGAGGCCGUGAGGGGGGCCAAGGACGAGAGGGUCCGGGAGAUUCGCAACGCUGUGGAGAUGAUGAUCGCUCGCCUGGACAACCAGCUCAAGAACAAGCUGAUCACACUUAUGGGCCAGAAGACGUCUCUGACCCAGGAGACGGAGCUGCUGGAAUCCCUGCUGCAGGAGGUGGAGCAUCAGCUCCACUCGUGCAGUAAGAGUGAACUGAUCUCCAAGAGCCCCGAGAUCCUCCUCAUGUUUCAACAGGUGCACCGGAAGCCCAUGCAGUCAUUUGUGACCACACCCGUGCCCCCAGACUUCACCAGUGAGCUGGUGCCUGCCUAUGACUCCAGCACCUUUGUCCUGGUCAACUUCAGCACCCUGAGGCAGCGGGCUGACCCAGUCUACAGCCCACCCCUGCAGAUCUCUGGACUGUGCUGGAGACUCAAAGUCUAUCCUGAUGGAAAUGGCGUGGUACGAGGGAACUAUCUGUCUGUGUUCCUGGAGCUGUCGGCUGGACUCCCAGAAACCUCCAAGUAUGAGUACCGUGUGGAGAUGGUGCAUCAGGCUUCCAGUGACCCCACCAAAAACAUCAUCCGAGAGUUUGCGUCAGACUUCGAGGUGGGCGAGUGCUGGGGCUAUAACCGCUUCUUCAGACUGGACCUGCUGGCCAGCGAGGGCUACCUCAACAUGCAGACGGACACACUGGUGCUACGGUACCAGGUGCGCUCCCCCACCUUCUUCCAGAAGUGCAGGGACCAGUACUGGUACAUCAGCCAGCUGGAGUCAGCCCAGAGUGGGUACAUCCAGCAAAUCAACAACCUGAAGGAGAGGCUUGCCAUUGAGCUGUUCCGCUGUCAGACGUCUCGCUCCUCCUCUCCACCGGACCUUCGCCUGUGUGCUGACCCCCCUGCAUCCGAGAGGGAGCCCGCCUCUGUCAAAAGCUCAGAAGAAAAGUGUGUGGGACGGGCCAAGAGAGGAGAGGACACACCCAGGCCCCUACAGGAUGACUCCAAUGAGCUGUCAGAUGGGGACCUGGAGGUGGACUGUCUGACCGAGGAGGAGGUCAACCCCCUGGAUGGCAGCAGCACCUCGGGAAGCUCCACAGCCACCAGCAACACGGAGGAGAAUGACAUCGAUGAAGAGACCAUGUCUGGGGAGAUCGAUAUAGACUUUGUUGGGAACCUGGAGACUGAGGAAGGAGAACUUCCUGAAGAUCUGGUGGGAGCGACAGGAGGGGCCAGCUGUGGUGGGCGCCUGUCCAGCUCCAGCGCGCUCUCUCGGGGCUUCAGUAGUGCAGCUGUAGGGGGUGCUGUGGGGGCGGGCACUGGCCUGUUGGAGAUGGAUCCUGUGAUUCUUUUGCAGUUGCUGGAACUGAAGGAGCACAGUACUGUGGAGUCUGUGUGGGGCCUGCAGCCUCGGCCCCCCCUCUCCCUGCUCAGCCAAGCUCACCUGAGGAAAGAGCGUGAGCGGCGGCCCCAGGUGGUGCGGCGCUCUGCCCCAGACUCUGCUGUCCUGCUGAGGCUGAAGGCGCAGAUGGCUGAGGUCCGGAACAAGAUGUGUGACGUGAAGAGCCACAUGCUGGAUGUGCGGGAGCCUGGAGAUACUCGGCCGGGGCCCUCAGGGACCCAGAGCUCAGAGGAGCUGCCCUCUCACCCUCCCGAUUCUGAGCGGCCUGCAGGGCCCAAGCUUGAGGAGCUGGAGCUCAGGAGAGGCAGAGGCAGAGCCAGCCAGUCAGCCAGGAAGUCCCAGUCUCCAGUCCUGGACUCCAGCAGGACCCCAGAGCUCUUGCCCUCAGACACACUGCUCCUGACAGGCGUGGUGAAGCCUGAAGCCCCAGCAGAGAGCCUCUCCUCUGGGCAGCCCCCCAGCUCCAGCCUGCUCUUCUCUGGAUCAGGCUACACCAACACAGGGGGAGCAGUGGAGCAGCCGGACGGGUUUGGAGCCCAUCAGCUCUCACAGCCUCAGACCCUCGCAGACCAGGCCUCAGCUGUGAGCAGUGACAGUGGCACUGAGGAUGAGUGCCCGCACACGCCCCCUACAGGUGAGCACCUGUCUGAGGACGUGGGCCUAUCGUCUGAGAGGUGACUGCAUCUGAACACCUGAGACUCUACUGAAGGGUCCCUGCCCUGUGCUUAUCCUGCAUACAACAUCACAAUCUAAACACAACUUUGAUAUAACAGUUUCAUCCACAUUAAUGCAUCAGCUUAGAUUUGACAGUUGUUCACUGUUCAAGAGGAGCACUUUAAUUUGAUGGUAGUGAUGCUCCGGGUUGGUUUACUGCUGCCCUUAGUUUUUUGUCAUGAAGUAGUGCAAUAUCAGCUAAAUAGUUUUUGUUUUUCGAUAUAUUUUAAUCAUAAGUGUAAAUAGACAUAUAUAAGCUUAAAUAUGACGUUUGCAUUGCAUUCCUGAGAUGUUCUGGGCCUCUUUGUCCCUCUGCUGCAUACAUUCUGACUGUCUGGUAUUUGGAUGGGAUCCUGGGCGCAUGUUGGACUGUGACUAUGUGAUAAACUGACUUGUCUUAUUUAUGUCAAUUGAAAUAAAUUAUGUUUUAUCUAU